AUGGCACCGGCUGCCUCUACCGCACGCUCGAGCUCCAGCCUGGUCCCGGUGGGCGUGCGGCGUCGAGUAUUGGUCACAGCCGCAGCGGUGGGACUGGCAGCCUUCGGCUUGCGGGUUGUGGCAGUGAAGCUCCAAAAUGCUCUGCUGUACCACCCGCGGCCCAUUACGGGCGACCCGUAUUAUGAGAAGGUAGUGUCACAGACUUCCAAGCAGCUUCAACGCCGCGGCUACAAAAUUGAGGAGUUUGCAUACAGCGUGCGCAAUGAGAAGCAAAAGGCGCUUCUGGUGAAACCCGAGCAGGCAAAGGCAGCACCUCUUUGGGUCGUUUUUGGUGGCAAUGCUAUGGUAUCGGCUGAUUGGCUGCCAUUCUGUGAAAGCAUUCUCUCGUUGAAGGACUCCAGCGUGGCGGAUCCCAUCUUUCUGUUGGUGGACUACCCGGGCUAUGGCGACAACGGUGGUGAGCCUUCUCCCAGCAGCGCGCUGGAAGCCUCGCAUGAGGCAUUGGAGCAGUUGCUGCGGCAGCUGAAGGAUGUGCCUCCUUCCUCCGUGAACCUCUUCGGGCACAGCUUGGGCGCUGCCGCGGCCUCGCAGCUGGCGGCCAAGCUGGCCAGGUCAAGGGCGGACUUUCAGCCAGGCAAACUGGUGCUGUCAUCGCCAUUCCUCAGCAUUGAUGCGAUGGCGGCAGUGCUGUUUGGAAACCUCUUCCCUCGCUGGUUGCUGCGAAGCCUGGUGACCCAUCGCUGGAACAAUGCAGAGAUGCUGCCCACUGCUGCCGCAGCUGGCUGGGAGGUGUCCAUUAUCCACCCCAAGAUGGACGAAAUUGUACCUGUUCAGCAUGGAGAGGAGCUGUGCGACUCAAUCCAGGCACAGGGAAAAAUCUGCACGCUCACCAAACCAGAGGGCUGUGGCCACAACGACGUGGUCUUCGCGUCCCUGCGAAGCUAUGCCAAAUUCUUGGGAUUGAGCCGGCUGUGAUUAGCAGCGGCGGC